AUGGCAAAAGUGUUGUCAAGCAAUUUCGGAAAAGCGUCUCAUAAAUCUGAUGUCUAUAGCUUUGGAAUGAUGCUACUUGAAAUGGUUGGAGGGAGGAAGAAUUUUGAUGCAAAAGCGGAUACUAGCCAAAUGAACUUCCCUGAGUGGAUUCAUCAGCGGCUGAAUCAAGGAGAAGAGUUGAAAAUCAGGAUUGAGGAAGAUGAUGAUGUUAUAAUUGUAAGGAAAUUGGCUGUUAUAGGACUUUGGUGCAUCCAAUGGAAUGCGACAGAUCGGCCAUCCAUCAAAGUUGUAACUCAAAUGCUAGAAGGAGAUGUGAGCAACCUAACUGUUCCUUCUCCUUUUACAACAAGAAACACCACCCAUGUAGGUCCUUCUACGCAAGAGUUGACGCUUCAUUCUCCAGGCCAAUCAAUAUACACCAUUGUUCUUACUGAUGCAGCUCCAUCCCUUAAACUAGCAGAGUCAUUGGUGUUUGAUAAUAUGAUAUUUAGUCCGGUCACCUCCACUCAAGAUGCCCCUAAUUUAGCUUUAGCAACUCUCUUCGAGUAA